UUUACGCGCAAAACACUGGGCUGCCGGAUAUAUCAGUGUAAAAUCGCAGUACCCAAUGAGACACGAGAGGCAACGUCAUUUGCACAUAUCUUCUUCUUCACAAUCCAUUAUUCUUCUCGCAUUUUACACCCGAUGUUCGGAUUUCAAUUACCUGUUGAACUAGGGAACACGGUUGGGUACACCAGACUUUCAGGAUCGGCUGUAAAUGUUUCGUUCCAGGGUGAUCGUUUUUGGAGAAUGACCCAUUCACUUUGUGGAAUUGCGGUAGUGUUUUCAUGCAUCGGUUUAGUGAGUGCGCAAGGGACUUGCUCUCCUCGCUGGUGUUUGAAUGGCGGGACAUGUGACGGUGAUCCUCCCGGCUGUUUGUGUCCGGAAGGGUUCGCUGGGUUCUACUGCGAAAGAACACUAACUGGACUGGAGAGAUGCGUGGAAUCAUUGUGUAUGAAUAAUGGAGCAUGCUCACCAGACAUGCCACAAAAAGUAGCCUGUGAUUGCGUUGAUGGAUUCACAGGAAAUUUCUGCGAAACAAAAGUGUGCGAGAUAGAUCCGGAUUGUAACGGCGGAGAAUGCAUGAAUGAAUCAUCGUCAUCAUCGAAUCAGGAACCUAAGUGCGUCUCAUGUCCGGUUGGAUUCACCGGUCCAUUAUGCCAAACUCCUUUUGGCGAAUUCUGUGGGGAGUUGGAGGGGAUGUGCCUCAACAAUGGCUCGUGUAUGCCUCCGAAGGGCAAUACGAAGGGUAACAAGUGUACGUGUCCGGACAACUACAAAGGACCUCUCUGCCAACUCUACGGUGUAUGCUCGGGGGUAAAUCCUUGUCAUAAUAACGGUACUUGUGUGGAAGGAACCUGUAUCUGUGUCAGCCCUUACAAAGGACUUUUGUGCGAGAGAGACCCAGGUUGUACUGCUGACGCUCAGUGUAAGAACGGUGGAACUUGCCUGGACACUGGUGUGUGUUUCUGCCCAGACGGCUACACCGGGUCAAGAUGUGGAAGGGGGCUGGCCUGCACAGAAGACAAUGAUUGUUUGAACGGAGGCAGUUGUAAUGCGAAUCGAACUUGCAAUUGCGUACCCUACCAUCAAGGGAUGAAUUGCGAGAUUGGUCCUCCACCAGACGUGACUAUAAUAAUCACCGUUGUUGCCGUCGUAGUAAUCCUACUGGUCCUUAUGGUCGUCGUUCUUUUGCUGGUAAGGAGGCGUCUCGCCACGAAGAGGCUCCGCAGAAACAGCGGGCACGAGGAACUGGCACUGGGCGACCGUAAUGUGAAGCGGAGUAACGCCUACCUUGGUUUCAGUGACGAGGACAAACCCCCAGUGGCCAGACGACCCAACGAGCUGAAUUACGAACCGGGAAGUAAGCCCAAAGAAUUCCCGAGGGAGUGGCUCCACGUGAUGGAACAGCUGGGAGCAGGCUCGUUCGCGACUGUCCACAGGGCCGAAGCCGAUGGAAUCAUCAAGAAGGGAACCAUGACAACAGUUGCCGUCAAGAUGCUCAAAACCACGGCGACGGAAGGAGACAAGAGUGACUUUGAGAAGGAGAGGAGUAUGUACCUGACCUUGGGCAGUCAUCCCAACGUGGUCACAAUGCUGGGCUUUUGCACAGAGAAAGAACCGUUCUACCUGAUCAUGGAGUACCUACCAAACGGCAACCUGCAGACGUACCUUCGGCAUUUGCGGACUGGGUCCAAGGGGCAGUACUCUGAUGACUUGAAGGAGCUCCGGGAAGAGAAGAAAAAUGUCCUCCUUCCCUGGGAGAUAUUGUCCUUCGCCAUCCAAAUCGCUGACGGGAUGGAGUUUCUGGCUUCGAAAUCGUGUAUUCACCGUGACCUCGCCACGCGCAACAUUCUCCUUGGUGAUGACCUGGUUGCCAAGGUGUCUGAUUUCGGACUCGCCCGGGACAUUCAGGACUCGAGCCAGUAUGAGAUGAAGUCACAUGGCCGGGUACCAGUCCGGUGGAUGGCGCCAGAGUCGCUGCUGAACAACAUCUAUACCAGCAAGAGUGACGUCUGGGGGUUUGCUGUGUUGCUAUGGGAAAUGGUAACUCUGGGUUCCCAUCCCUACCCCGGCAUGUCAUCGAAGCAGGUAAUUGACGAAAUCGGUGCCGGAUACCGUCUGCCCAAACCAGAGAGCUGCAGCGAAGAAAUAUAUGACAUGAUGAAACGGUGCUGGAACAAAAAUCCUGCGGACAGACCAACCUUCACUGAAAUAUGUAAAUUACUAAACAACAUGCUGGCAGACGCUAGUGGCUACCUCGUCAUGUCGGAACUAAACAGGGAUGGCUACCUGUACCUUGAGCCUGGCCAGACCAAGAGUGUCAACACGGCUGGCGACUACUGAAAACAUUAAUGUACAUGUAUAUAUUUUGAAUUUUCCAAUAAUAAAGAAAACAUUUCGUAUGCAAGGUAAAUAGUUUAGGUGAAUAGGUAGAAUAUCUUUGGUGCACAAAAGCAUUUCUUGCAUGCAGUGUGUAAACAUGUUUAAAUGUUUACUGUGUACUUUUUAUUUUUAAUUCAAACCUCUAUUAGAGGAUGUAUGUAAAGACCUAUUGUACAGUUAAGGGUUGGUUAUUCCGGAUGUUCCGGAUAUAUUGAGGGCGCUAUAUCCUAUUAGAUCAAUCAAGAAGUUGGUCCUUUCGGUUUUAAAAUUGUGUUACGAUUCUAAACGUGUACGUUUUAACAGAAAUGUCAAGUAUUGAGUAAGCUCGAGGAGCAUCAUUUUUUUACCCCGAGAAGAGAAGUGUUAAAGCGCCUUCAAGCGAUUGAAAAUGCUCUAAUAAUGUUCCUUUGAUUCCCUGCAGUGCCAAAGUAUUCGGAUGGUGCUGAUUUUUUUUAGAAAGCUAUAUCUUUUUAUUUACCCAUGUUAACAAUUAGCAUUAUUCUGUGAGAUGUACCCGAUCAAUCUGCAAGCGCAUGUUGUCGUACUCGGAAAACUUGUUUUGAUUAUUAACAAGUUGCAUGCAUUACUUUCCAAGACUCAACACAGUUAUGCGGUAAUCUUGCAUUUUUGCAUUUUAAAAGGGUGCCAGUUGCCCUUAACCGAAGCAUAAACACUGUAUACUCACUGUCAUGGCCAAAUUCUGCUAAAUGCACUUAACAAAUCUGUCUGAUUUAUCAAAAAUCUGCCAAAUUCCCCAGAAUUACUCGAAGUACGCUAUGAACACCUAAAGUCACAUGCGGGUUUCUUGUAUUGCCUUAAUUAAGACUCAAAAUACAUUAGGUAACAUUAAGAAGUUAUGAAAUCGCGUCAAUUUCAGGCAAACCGCGGUUGCAUCACGACAAAGUCCUGGACGUUCCCAGUGAAUCUCAGCACCUAGACCAGCCAACUCGGGCCUGUCCCAUUAUGCAAGGGUUUGUUUGAAAGGAUUGAAGCUUUUAUUUAACAAAUGUUCCAUUUUUUUUUCAAAUUUGCAAUUUUUUUUCUGUCAAAUAACCAACCACUUGUGCAGAAUUUUGCCAGAAAUCAGCCAAACAAAUCCAUUCUGUCAAAUUUUCUGUCAAACUGAUUUUGUUUUAAAUAAAACAUCUGUCAAAGUUAGCCAAAAUCGGCUAAAACUGUCACCCUGCUGUUGUUCCGAUGGUUGGACUCGUACCCACGACCUUCUGCUUAUUACAGAAGGAGUAGUUUGUGAUUUGUUAAUAAAAAAAAAAAAUUACAAUCAUUUUGGACGAUGAAUGGCAAAAGCCACUAUUGAACUUACAUCAACGCGACACAAAUUCCAUCUAAUGAAUAUUUUCUUUUUAAUUAAGGGUGAUGACGCGUCAUCGUAAUAAUCUUUCUCCUACAAGAAUCUGGUCACAUGAUUACUGCAUUACAGGACAUACAAAAUAUGGCCGCUACAUUGCUGCAAGUAAUCUUUUAGUAACAAUAUUGUUGUCACUGGUAUUCCAUAACCAUUAUUAACAUAAUGUAUAACCCACCGAGCCGCGAAGCGGUGAUGGCGGCUCAUGCCUUUGUGCAGUAAUUGGAGAAAAUGGCGGCCAAACCCUUUGUGCCGCCGAUCUCUUUGUGUCAACCCCUCCUGCCGCCCAGAGCUCAGACAGGUUGCAAACAAUCCCUGACGAUGCGAAUGACCUAUAUUUUGUGCAUGUACAGGCAUGCGGGGGUUAUUGACCUAGAAACACAUGUGGUGAUAAAAUUCUCCACGUGGCCACUCCGUGUGAUUUUUUUAAUAAGCUGCUCCCAGGGAUAAAUAUAAUGUAGUUGUGUCAACUAUAUUAUAACCAUUGCAAUUGCGCACCGCGCGGUAGCACCUUUACAGCUGCACGCAAGCAUGCAAAAGCUUUUUUAAUUACCGCCCCAAAAGAGACGCGCAUGAAGAUGACAUCCAGUUUGAGUUGUUGGACAGUCUUGUUCCGUCUUACUUUUGCCAACUAAAGUUAGUGUGGUGUAGUCUGUACCCUGGCAAAAAUAGGCCCAUACUUGCCUCAAAACUCCUUUUUUUAGUUAGACUUUAAUAUUAUUAAGCUUGUUAAUCUUUGUUGUUUUACUUACUAUAUUUUCUCAAUUUUUUUUUGCCUUUUUAACUAAUUAUGUAUAUAAAUAAGUUUAUAAUUAUGUUAUUUUAUUUUAAAUAAUUUCAUUGACGUCGUUUUAGGGAAACAUACGCGAACCUCUGAGACGGGUUGCUGCAAACAUUUAUUUUUUUAUCCUCGGAUGUUUGACAAGUGAUAUCCUGUAAUUUAAGAUUAUAAAAGUUAUCCUUGGCAUGGUUUAUGAAUCUCUUGAAUUAUUAAUUAAAAUGCGUGUGUUUUGAAACUGUGUGUUUAAAACCAUGCAUAGUUGGGCUAACAGUCAACAGAGAAUUGAAAAAGGAUAUCAAAAUUAUGGCGAGAAUAAAUAAAUGCCUGUUAUUGCAUUCCCGUUUA